AUGGCACCUUCAAAUGGGGUAGAGUUUGACUCUCACUCAGCGGCUUCGCUUUUAGAUCCGAAAAGAAUGAAAGCUCAGCUCAAUAACGGUAAUUCCGCAUCUUCUUUUGAAAGCCCCAGAUCGCCUUCCACUGGAGAGUCGACUUCUGCUCCAAGCGCCGAUCAUUACGACUCUCCUUACGCGUCAAGCCUUGCUGUUGAAGACUAUGCUCACGUUCUCUCGCAAGGGUAUCACAAAAGUUCUGAGAAGGAUGUAAAGCAAAAGCCAACAAGCGUCAGCACCGCUAGGCAGCUUUUAGAUCCUAAAGAGUUCGGAAAGAGUAACCGUCUCAAGAGGUAUUCUCCAAGCCCUGUUCCUGGUGCCAGUCUGCGACCUGGCCUUGUCCAAUCUCUACAAGAAGAGGGCAAAAUUGACGGCCCUUCUCCGUCUGAACUUGAACAUGGCGAUAAGCCGCGAGAUGGGCAAGGAAGCUAUAUUGAACGUCUUCAUGGGAUCUUAGAACGUGAAGAGCGACCUUCGAAGAAACAGAAACGUACCGGCGACGAGCCCGACAAUCAAGACUCGGAGAAGAAAGGCAAAGCUACAUUUUCGGGCGGAAAAGGUGGUGAGCUUGGAGAAUAUGUCAAAGAAAAGAAAAAGGAGGGUUUGAAAGACACCCCCGUAGAUGCGAUUGUGGAUCUAACCGGCGCCGAUGACGAGGAGGAGAUUGUUGUUAUGGCUGAGAACAGUGCUGAAACCAAUAGCCGCGAAGUUUGCUACGGGCGCCUUGAUAACACUAAGGUUAACGCUCAUCAAUUACCUUCCCCAAGUGGAAAGGCGGUCUAUCUAAGCCCAACUCAAUGGCCUAGCAUGAAAGUCGCACUCAAACGUUUGCCUGGCAAAGACAACAUCAUCCGUGUUCUGGAUCCUCAGCAAAAGGAUUUUGGGACUGUCGAUGCCCGAGCCUCCGUUGGCCUAGCCAGAAUCAUGGAUAGUCAGGUUCCCAAGUUUAGGACACAGGCCCGACUGAAUGCUAGGAAGCGAAACCAUUAUGAGCUUCAAGGUCAGGAUUGUUCUGAGAUGCUUGACAUGGUGAUAAUUCUAUAUGGCCCGAAGAACAAAGCAGAGUCGAUUGGUAAAUGGCUCAGCCAGAAACAGAUAUAUCUACGAACACCACACAACUGGGAUCAUGGUUUGGAACUCUGCAACCCGCACGCUCCUCCGGUACAAGCUCUGCCUCGCACCAGUAACAAUGUUUCGCACGUUGGUGGAUCGAACAGUGGCUUUGUUACCCGUACCGUCGAAGAGAUCCGUAGUGACGUAACAGGGAUGUUUGACUCGCUCCAGCAAUCCGAAGACCUUGCGGAGGUAGACCCAGAUCCGCGUAUCACGACAGAGUUGAUGAGCCACCAAAAGCAGGGUCUAUACUUUCUACAGAACAAGGAAAAGGAGCGAACCUUCGGGGACAAAGACGAGGAGAACAAUUCGCUCUGGCGUCUGAGGUAUAAGCCAAAUGGGACUAGAAGUUAUUAUCAUGUAAUUACUGGACAUGAAGAACGUCAAAAGCCUCCUGAGGUCCGCGGGGGUAUCCUUGCCGAUAUGAUGGGAUUAGGCAAAACACUGAGCAUUCUUUCGCUGGUCGUGGGAAGCUUGGACAACGCCGAAGAGUGGGCGAAGCAAAUUGUUUCCGAGACCGAUGGCGAGAAGCCUUUGGUUCGUAACUCGAGGACUACUUUACUUGUCGCGCCGCUGAGCACUCUUGCGAAUUGGGAGGACCAGAUCAGGGUACACAUAAAGAAGUCCGCCUUGACAUACUACGUCUAUCAUGGUGGUAGCCGCAUUUGUGACAUUGACGAGCUUGCCAAGUACGACAUGGUCGUCACGACUUAUUCGAUCGUUUCAAGCGACUUCACGGGCCGUGGCAACAAGAAGAAGGAUGUGAACCCCCUCCUUCAUACGAACUUCUUUCGCAUUGUUCUAGACGAGGCCCACAUGAUCCGAGAGCAAGCAACUCGCCAGUCACAGGCAAUCUGCGCCCUCUCCGCCCAACGCCGAUGGGCGGUAACCGGUACCCCAGUUCAGAACCGCCUCGAGGAUCUUGGUGCUCUCAUCAAAUUCCUACGUGUCCGGCCCUUCAGCGACAAAGGAGGAUUUGCCCAACACAUACUGGCUCCUUGCAAGAACUCAGAUCCAGACAUCAUCCCGAAGCUUCGACUACUUGUCGAUAGUUUCACACUUCGCCGGCUCAAGGACCGCAUUGAUUUACCAGAGCGCCAUGAUCAUGUUGUACGGCUCAAAUUCACCGAAGACGAACAGCGCCUUUACGAUUGGUUUGCAAAAGACUCUCGCCAAAAACUCCAGGUCAUCGCAAAUGACAAGCUCAAGAGCCUUGGAGGCAGGACCUAUGCUCAUAUUCUCAGAGCUAUAAUGCGCCUACGGUUGAUCUGUGCUCAUGGACGAGAGCUCUUGAGCGAUGAUGAUCUCAAAAUUACAGAAGGCUUUAGUAAGGACAACGCUAUUGAUCUAGACGAUGAGAACCUCGGGCAGACAGCGGCUCUUACUCCAAGACAAGCUUACGAAAUGUUGAUGCUAGCGAAAGAAACUGGCACGGACACCUGCAUAUCAUGCACCAGAACGGUGGAGCCUCGUGAUGACGAUAAUGACGACGGAGUAAUUGGAUGCAUGUUGCCCUGCUACCAGCUUCUUUGCAGAGAUUGUAUGGCAGGGGUGAAGGCUUCGCUGCUCCAAGAGUCUGCUAACAAUCACUUUAAAUGCCCCUUUUGCCAGGCAACCGUGCCUACAUCCUUCUUUGAACUGACGAAAGAUGGUAUAGACGAGGCUGAAGACGCAAGGGCGAUAGCACGACAAAACCCCAGGCAAGCCAAGGUGCUUGGCCGUUAUGGAGGUCCACACACCAAAGUAACGGCAUUGCUAGAAGAGUUACGCAAGUCAAGCAAGGAAAGCGAGAGUCUGGAGAGUGGAGCGCCGAUCAAAAGCGUCGUUUUCUCCGGUUGGACGGUCAAUCUCGACCUUAUACAAAUUGCUCUAGAAGACAAUGGUAUGACCUUCGUUCGAUUGGAUGGGAAGAUGUCCCGCAAAAACCGAAACGCCUCUCUAGACGCCUUCCAGAACGAUCCAAAAGUUCGAGUGAUAUUGAUCUCUAUCAAUGCUGGCGGACUUGGUCUCAAUCUUACUUCUGCGUCGAAAGUUUACGUUAUGGAGCCGCAAUUCAACCCAGCAGCGGAGGCUCAAGCCGUUGAUCGUGUGCAUCGUCUUGGUCAGAAGCGUGAGGUCUUCAUCUCACAUUACAUCAUGGAAGACAGCUUUGAAGAGAAGAUGCUGGAACUUCAGCGGCGCAAACAAGCAUUGGCUGACAUGAGCAUGAAUCGUGGCAAGAUGGACAAAGCUGAGGCGGCGAAAAGGAAGCUGGACGAUCUCAGGAGUCUCUUUAAAUGA